AUGGGGAAUUUAAUACGAAAACAUGGUGAAGAUUACAAAAUUUUAUCGAAUGAUUUACUUAAACGUUGUUGCACGAUAACUGGAUUUAAAAAUGAAGAAAUUCGUAAUGAACAUAGAAAAUUUUUUUCUAUAGCUGAAAGUGGUCGUUUAAAAAAAUCUCAUAUGGAAGAAUUAUUAGGUGAUUAUUUACCAACAACAAAACGUAAACAUUCAAAAUAUUUCACUAAGUGUGUAUUUUCAGCAAUUGAUACAAAUAAUGAUGGUUAUAUUGAUUUUCUUGAAUAUUUAAUGAGUGUAAGAUUUUUUCGAACUGAAUCACCUAUUGAAAAAGCUGAUUUUAUAUUUCGUAUUAUUGAUAAAAAUGGUGAUCAUCGUGUUUCAAAAGAAGAACUCGAACGUACACUUAUAUGUUUACAAGAAUUUCGUAAAUCUUUAACAAAUAAUCAUGCUAUAGAUGUAAUUAAUGAUGAUCUUCAAUUAGCAACUCAUACAAUAUUUGAAAUAUUAGACGAGGAUAAAUCAGGUUUUAUUGGUGUAUCAGAAUUUAAGGAUGCUUGGCUUAAAAAUGAAACUAUUCGAGCUUUGUUUACUUUUUAA